GCAGGAAUGUGAGCAGGUGGCUCAGGCUGAGGCAGAACUGUCCACAGCACAGGAAGAGGUGCAGGUGGCUCAGGCCUGUCUGGACCAGCUGGGAAUUGCAUUCUUCCAGUCCGCUGCUCACCGGGACCACCUCCUGGCACAGUGAGAGGCAACCCUGGACCACAUCUUCCAUAAGGCCAAUGAAAACUGCCUGCAUUGACGACUCAUUGGCAGUGCAGCAGAAGAUUGCAACACUGAGGAGAGAGGUGGAGCAGGAAACACAGAUCCUACUGCAGGUGAAGGACUCCUGUCAAGAGGCUGUGGAGAACCUGCGGGUGGUGGAGGAGGAGGCACGGUGGGUGAGUGGCCAGAUACAAGUCACCACAGCCACCAGGGAGCAGAUUCAGGCCCAGGUGUGGGCAAUUGAGAAUGCACUGGACAAGAUCAACAAGGAGAUGGAGAGCUUGGACCAAAGGCUUGCAGAGCAGAGGACCUUGCUGGAAGAGAAAAGAGCCUUCCAUGCCUGCCUCAAGCACCGAUGUGGCAAGGCUGAGGACAAGCUCACCCUCAACACUGAGCUGGUCAUGUCAGCUGAGGAAACACUGCAUUCCUUGGAGACAAUAGUUAAGGAGGGCGAGAUACAGCAUCUCAGCCGGCAGAUUCACUACCUGACCCACGACAGCAACAAUAACACAGCAGCAGAGGUGGAGCAGCAUAAACAGCUGGAGGUGUUACAGCAACACCUACAGGACACCACAACCACCAUCAGAGUCCUUACCAAACAUCUGGCCAGCCUUAAGACUGCUCGCUUCACAGAGCAGAUGAAUGUCUCGCAGCUGGAGAAACAAAAGCAGAAGAUAGAAGCAGAGUUAACCACUGUCAGGAUGAACAACCACAGUGCUGAAAGGUUUGUAUCAUAUGAAUAAUCAUUUACUGUUCUUAUUCCAUUGUAAAUUGCAUUGAUUUGAAGAAAAUUGAUCUCUUCACUAAACAGUUAAAGCAUGGAUGGUUCACUAUUUGAUAACAGUAUUGUUAUCCACAAGAUGAUUCCUCUUCACUAUGACCUAAUGGGGCUGAGUGUGAAUGAUGUGUGAGUUGGCUCUUUGUCUGGGCUGCCCCAUGUGAGAUUGCCAGCCUGAUACACAGAUAGAUGGUCUGGGACAAAGAUAUAUAGAUAGACAGAGACACAGAUUAUUAUUGGGACUGAGAGUAUGAAUGAUGUGUGUGAGUGUGGUGCUUUGUCUGGGACACCCAAUGUGGGAUUGCCAGCUUCAUAAAGAUAGACUGAUUGUGUAGUGUGGUGACAAUGAAGGAAGUUAUGUAUG